AAUAACAGCUGAGUUUUUGUUCGCACAAAACCACAUUUUGGAAUUGAAAAUAUAAACAAUAAAGCAAAAUUUGAAUUGAAUUAUAAAAAUUGGAUGUACAAGUAUGACUAAUAAAAUACUACAUUUAAGAAACCUACUCACAAACAGGGCUUCGAAUAUAAAAUUAAAUUUAACAAAUGCUAAAAUGCCAGAACGAUUCAAAGGUACUAUUGUUGAAAAGUGGGUGAAUUAUUGGAAACAACUAGGUAUUGAUUACAAAGAAGCCGGCACAAGUUUUUAUGAAGAAGCGAAAGCUAAGCCAGUAAAAACUUCUAUUUAUACUUCCAUAGGAAUGUUGAUAUAUUUUAGUUCUAAGAAAAAUCCUAGUGAGACCGACUUUAUAGAAAAUUUAAGAAACUAUAACAAUGAUUUAGUAUUAGUUCAUGAGUCUUGUCAUAAACCAGAGUCUUCAAAUCAUGUAAAAUUUAUUCAGCGAUGUUUUAACGAAGGAAUCUUGAGACGAUUAUCUUUGGGCUUCAUAUCAUUUAUGUGGGUAGCAGAUUACGACAAAGGUGUAUCCGUUUACAAAGCAAUUUGUCCUCACUUACAACCUGAAUACCUUACAUUUCAUAAACGGAUAAUUGAUGUAGGAUUUUGGGGAAAAUGGUGGAAUUUACAAAAUAAAAUGGUAGAUUAUGAUGUAAAUGUCUAAAAAUAGCUAGAUUUCAAAUUUUGAAAGUAUAAUUAUUAAAACAAAAACAUAAUUAUUACCUAACUAGAGGUAUUUAAAUAAUUUUGAUUAAGUUCCGAAUACAAUUGAAUAUUGAUACAAGAAUAUCAAUGUUCAAGAAUUUCACUUGCAGCUUGCAUAAAAAUAGUCAAUUGUAAGUCGUAAGUAAAUAAGAAUAAAAAUUGUUAAUUUGCAUAAUAAAAAUCAGUAACAGAUAAAGUUUUAUAUUUUGGGAUGGAUAACCAAAAUUAAAUUAAUUGCAAUUUUUUUAACUUUACUUGGAGGCUAUUUUGUUUUAAAAGUCCAACGUUAAAAUUAAGAAUAUUCAAAUUUAUAGUUUUUACUGCUAAAAUUAAAGAUAAAAAUUUGAGUUGUAUGUAUGAAAAUCUUAAAUUUAUUUUUAAAAAACCUUGCAACAUAUUUUUUUUAAUCCUUUUAAAGUUAUAACAUAACACAGAACACUAUAAAUUUCUUAAGGUCUGCCUGGUAUAAGAAAGUUUUUAAAAACUUUAUAAAAGUUUUUGCAUGCAAAGCGUUUGGGAUAAUACUUUUUGAACAAAAAUGAGGAUGUACAAGUAUGACUAAUAAAAUACUACAUUUAAGAAACCUACUCACAGACAGGGCUUCGAAUAUAAAAUUAAAUUUAACAAAUGCUAAAAUGCCAGAACGAUUCAAAGGUACAUAUGUUGGUGUAAUUUUUUAAAUAAAACGGAGAAAACAUAGUAUAUUUUUAUGCAUAAUACUACUGAUUUUAUUUUAAGGUACACUUUCAUUCUCUCAAUGUUUAAAGUUUUUCAAAGUAAAAUUUAGUGUUUUAAAAACUUUUAAAAUCUUACAGCAAAAGGAUCAGAUCUACAGCAGAAGGAUAAAAUCUACGUCAGAAGGCUUUAUUUUUGCAAAAAUUUUUUAUCAAGAAUAAUUUUUUUUUUUUUAACUUUUCAAUUAAAAAUAAAAUAACCAAAAUGGGUUCAUAAAUGAUUUUCUAAAUUUCACACGUUUAUAAUCCAAAUUCAAAGCUUUCGGUUUUUAGUAUAGCCAAAAAAUAUUUUUUUAUGUUUGAUAAAUACUUUGAAAUUUGACGGUUUGCCGUACUGAUAUUUGAUGGUGAUUUCGAUACCGUUAACCCAACUCCAUCCAUUGGGAUUUAAGCAAUGAGCAUUCAAAAAAAAUUAAUUUGGCCUGGAAUAAUUCCCGUCGACCUGCUAAUCCCUAUUUUCAAUGCAUCCUUAUUUUUUUAAUUUUCAACUAUUUGUCAUUUAACCUAAGUGAUAACGAAUGAUAAUUUUUAGUCAUACUUAUGUCAAUGUUAUACGAAAUAUUUAGCUGUUUUUAAAAUAAUAUUAUUUUGUAACUUUUCU